AUGAAGCUUCUUCCCAGCGAGAUAAUCAGCCUCAUCGUCAAUUAUCUGCGCGAACAUACCUCUACGGACAAACUUCUUCCAAAACUUGUUCCUGGAGCCAGUUAUUACGAUGUGCCACAGGCUUGGCGUUCACAAAACCUAGCCCGAUACUCAAUUGUUUCUCGUCAAUGGCAAGGGAUUAUGGAGCCAAUAAUCUGGAAGAGAAUCUUCAUUAGAGGGCACUUUUGCGUGUUGAAACUUUCCAGGUUCACUACAGGCAAUGACAUGCGACGUGCCAGGGUAAAUUAUGUUCGACAUAUCGUCUGGCGACCAUAUAUUGUCUUACCAAAGGGGACUGAUUAUAUGUAUCGGGCAAACACCAAUGAGUAUCUAUAUGAAUGGUAUGAUCAAGAGUACCACAAAGCGCUCGGCUUCUUGUUUCUGGUGUUGCACACUUGGGGAGAGCAGCAUCCGGGGCUCGAACUGGUAUUCUGCGACAACAAUCCAUAUUGUGGGACCUUCAAUCCCAGAUAUUCAGAGUACACAUCAUCAUUACGGGAUAUUCUGUUCAAGCACCGAAAAUCACUUCCAACCUGCUUGAAAGCAAAGCACCUGGAACCCUUACCUAGUCCAGUAUGCGUCACGUCGAUUGCAGUAAAGGGGACUUGGUUAAAUGCUGUCUUAUUAUCAUCAUUUGGAUUGAUUUUUGAACGUCUCCCCAAAGUGAAGCAUGUAUUACUGCAAGAUUUUAUAUGGAUGCCUCCUUCUGUAGGUGAUAUUCGUCGCUUAUUAAGACAAGAAAUGAUCGACUUCAUUCGUUGUGUACCAAGCUCCGUGGAGAGCCUUGAGCUUUCCGUUAUGACGAAGCGAGAAUGGACUCAUUUCAUACACGAAGACGAAUUAAAUGGCCUUCGACUGACCUAUGUGGGUCUUAAUGAGAUGGAUUAUCUGUCCACCCGACUUCACAACCUGAGUAUGCGGCUACAGUCACUCACAUUGAGUCACAUGCGAAUCAGCAAGGCUCUUUUUUGGCCAUCGGCGGAAAACAGCACCAAUGCUCCCUACUGGCCGAGACUCGAACGGCUUCGAGUGCUCAAUGUGCCUCCAUACAACGAAGAUGGGUCCCCAUUACUUGGCCUUGAUCCUCCACUAACCCCUGAAGCUGCACGUCGGGAGUCGCUGGUAAACCCUCCGCCAAAGGACAGGUUUUCUGACCGGCGGGAAUACAUCAAAAGUGCCGACCUUGGUAUUCUCUAUCGGGCCAUGGGCACAGCAGCGCAGCGAAUGCCGCGACUACAAAUCAUGGGGCUCUCACUUCUUAAUUAUCGUACAGGAGAAGAAAGUAAUGAGACUUUAGAGUUCAGUCGGGAUAAGAGCGCCAGGAUUGCCCAUCUGAGGAUCAAUACGCAGUGGGGAUAUCGGCCUGGGAUGGAGGUGAUCUCCGCCUGGGGCUUGGAGGGAGCAGUGGCUGAGGAGUUUUAUCAUACUAUGGAUGUUGUCUUGCCGUGGUAUGUAGAGGCACAGUAG